GUGUCGGUCGCGGACCGAGGGGGCGGCGGUGGCCGUGUCCCCAGUGCCUGCCGUGGCCGGCUGCCCGGGGCUGCUGUCAGAGCCUUUUCUCAGGGAAAUGGGGGGACUGGGAGAAGUCGGCGCCCCCGUGCCCGCUGUGGAAAGUGAUAAAAGAAUUAGAUUGCUGAAUUCAUCAUCGAAAGAUAAUAUGACUGCUUUCUAUGGAAUAAAUCAGUUUUCUCACCUGUCUCCUGAAGAGUUCAAAGCUAUUUACUUAAGAAGCAUACCUCACAAACUUCCCAGAUACAUAAACGUGCCAAAGGGAAAGGAAAAACCCUUGCCAAAGAAGUUUGACUGGAGGGACAAGAAAGUCAUUGCACAAGUGAGAAAUCAGCAAACAUGUGGAGGCUGCUGGGCUUUCAGCGUUGUGGGUGGUAUAGAGUCUGCCUAUGCAAUUAAAGGAAAUAACCUGGAAGAACUCAGCGUGCAGCAAGUUAUUGACUGUUCAUACAAUAAUUAUGGCUGCAGCGGGGGAUCGACUGUUAGUGCUUUGAGCUGGCUGAACCAGACAAAAGUAAAACUCGUGAGAGAUUCCGAAUACACUUUUAAAGCUCAGACAGGACUUUGCCAUUAUUUUGGUCGCUCAGAUUUUGGAGUUUCCAUAACAGGAUUUGCUGCAUAUGACUUCAGUGGUCAGGAAGAAGAAAUGAUGAGGAUGCUUGUUAACCAGGGCCCUUUGGCAGUAACAGUAGAUGCGGUUAGCUGGCAGGAUUAUCUUGGUGGAAUCAUACAAUAUCACUGCUCCAGUGGAAGAGCAAAUCAUGCUGUUCUUAUCACUGGUUUUGACAGAACAGGUAGUACCCCUUACUGGAUUGUACAGAACUCUUGGGGGCCUACAUGGGGAAUAGAUGGCUAUGUUCAUGUUAAGAUAGGCAGCAAUGUCUGUGGUAUAGCAGAUACAGUUUCAUCAGUAUUUGUUUGACACUUACUGGCCAAAGACCACAAUUAUCAUUUG